AGAUAACAAAGUAUAAAACUGUAAAACUAUCUCUGCUUUAUGAAGCAAGCACUUUCUGGAUGAUCUGAGAUGUCUCUGAAAAUGUUUCAAAUUUUGAUGUCUGUUCUGCUGCUUACAGUUACCAUUUCAGGUGCUCUUGGAAUACUUUUUCUGACAGAAGAAUCAGCAAAUCAGUUUAUACGACUUAAACGACAAAUACCAUAUUCUCACAGCUACUGGGACCCAAGCAGCAGCCAGAAUACUUGGGGAUACUCGGUGGCUGAGCAGAUUAGUGAAUCAUGGACAGCUCUGAGAGACACAGCACAGUACUACAUGGAUUUGGGAUCUUAUUCCUUUGAUCCUUCAAUUGCCAGUGACAACAUCAGAUCUUACAUGGACAUGCUACAGCAGUCUGGGACGCACCUCCGACAACAGAGUAGGACAAACAAUUAAAUCCUACACAUCUCGCGUCUGGCAAUAUUAGGACUUGGAGUGUUAUCUAUUUGCCACAAAUUACUUUCUCUCAUACCACAGUCUAAACACCACAAUUCACACACACAGUCUUUCUCAGUGCCACAUAUUUUGUGUGGAGAAGUAGUAGAAAUAGGAUGUAAGUCACAGUAAAUUGAAUAAAGACACAAAGACUUAGCAGCUAUUAAGUUUUACCAAUUAUGUUAAAACAAACAAAAACAACAAGAAAAAAAACUAAUAAGUUUGUUUUCAUGUAAAGUUUUUUUUUAAACUAUAUAUAUAUUUUUUGUAAUAGAAAACCACAUCUUUAUUUCUCAAUAUUUCACUUCAAUUGCAUUUCUGAAAGGAAAUUAAAAAAAAUGGAAAUCAGUCACUGAGUCUGGAUAGGGAGUUGAGUUUAUUUGCUCCAGGUUUGGCUAAUAGGAAGAAUAUACUUCCUACAAUUCAAGUAUAUUUCCAGUUCUUCAAGUACUGUGGUCAAAUAGGAGUUUUAGUAUGCAUCUCUCUUGUGUAUACUUCUCUUUCUGCACUUUAAGUUCUGUACUUGAAUGCCAAAAAUGAUGAAACUAAACCUGCCAGCAUAAGCUGCUUUUCCUUACCACGUGGGAGUAGAAUAUGGUGAAAAUGUUUAUCACAGCUCUUUUCCUAAUAAAGAGUGAUGACAAAAAAUGCU